AUGUCUCUGUUCCGCAAACCUUUCAGCCGCAGGGCAGAGGAAACCAGUGUUGGAGACGAAGGUGCCCGCGUGAUCUCAGAUGGCGGCCUUCAAUAUGUCAUAGAGAAAGCCGACAAUGGCUCUCUUCCCGCCUACCAGGAGGCCACAGGGGCUCCGGUCGAGCACCACUCGCCUCUGGGCUACGGUGUUGGGCCCGUGACCAUCAUCUUUGUCAAUAUCAGCAUGAUGGUCGGGACAGGCGUCUAUUCUACGCCUUCCACCAUCUACAAGGGCGCUGGCUCUGUCGGUCUCAGCAUGAUAUUCUGGGCAUUGGGCUUCUUUAUGUCGCUGGCGUCCAUGAGCGUCUAUCUCGAGUUUGCUUCGUACUUUCCCAACCGCUCUGGUUCCGAGGUCGUCUAUCUCGAGCAGGCAUUCCCGCGCCCGCGCUGGCUGUUCCCCACUACAUUUGCCUUCCAGUCCGUGGCCUUGUCGUUCAGCAGCGGCAACUCCAUCGUGUUGGCCCAGUAUCUCUUCAAGACCAGCGGCCACACACCAACCAACUGGCAGCUCAAAGGCGUCGCCGUUGCCGGCUACACGGUCGCGACACUAUUUGUCAUCUUUCACACGCGAACCUCGUACAUCAUCUCCAAUGUGAUCGGUGCCGUGAAGGUCCUCACGCUCGUUUUUAUCGCUAUCACAGGCCUCGUCGUCCUGGGCGGUCACACUCGUGUUAAGGACCCCCAUGCUAACUUCGUGGACUCGUUCACCGGGCACACCUCGGCGUACGGCGCCACCAACGCCAUAUACAAGAUCAUCUUCUCCUAUGCUGGAUACAACAACGCUUUUAACAUGAUCAACGAAAUCAAAAACCCCAUCAAGCAGAUCCGCCGCAAUGGCUUCAUCUCUCUUGUAGUCGUGGCCAUAUUGUAUAUAUUUGCCAACUUAGCCUACUUUGCCGCAGUGCCCAAGGCUGAGCUCGCCGCGGCCAAGCAGACAGCGGCCAGCCUCUUCUUUUCCCAUGUUUUCGGCGAUAAGCACUCCGUGCGUGGGCUCAACAUCCUCAUCGCCCUUAGCUCGUUUGGAAACCUCAUUGCUGUGCUACUUGGCACUUCGCGACUUCUCCGCGAGUGUGGCAGUCUUGUCGGCUGCGGUCUUUACUACGCGACCUGGGUAUUCAUACUUCCGCACUUUCUCGGAUAUCGCCUGCGUCAGGAGGUCCUGAUUCUCGAGAAUGGUGCCCAGUCGCAUAAGCUUGUCAAAGUGCCUACAGAGGAUGUGGCGACUUGGGACCGUGAGCACGACGCUGUUGGGCGACGUCUGAGUGACGGUGACGGGAUCGCUGUUCAGCUUGCCGUGGAAGAGAAAUUCGACGGAAAAGAUGACAUAGAGAAGCUCCAUUGA